AUGGGGAUUAAAACGAGCUGGAAGAAGACGGGGGUAACAAUUGCGUCCGACAUGAUGAAGGACAAAUGUGGGAGGGCGCAAGCGAACGUCCUUCUGAUUAACGACUCCGGCGCCGUCUUCAAGGAGGCGAUCGACUGCGGUAUGGAGCGAAAGACGGGGGGAUACGUAGCGGGGAUUCUGCAGCCGAUGGUGGAGGAGGUAGGACCAGAAAAUGUGGUCGCGUUUUGUAUGGAUGGGGGAUCAAACUAUGCCGUGGCUGUCCAGGAGCUGAUUGCCAAGUGGCCCCACAUUCAGCAGGUCCCUUGUGCCACGCAUGUGAUGGAUCUCCUCCAGGAGGCCGUGGGAAAGAUGGGGUGGGCAAAAGGGGUGGUGGAUCGGACUGGGGAGAUGAUUUCGUUCGUGCGCAACCAUCAUGAGGACCCCGGAGUUGGUGGAGGGGAAGGUGCUGCAGCCGCUGAAGCCGGCGGGAACACGGAGUGGGCCGUGGGGUCGCGGAAGGAAGCUGCCGAGACCUUUGCUGUUCGGGUCCUCGAUGCCGCAUGGUGGCGGACGGCUGAAUUCUUCUGCAAGCUGAUGAAACUGCCCUACAAGGCGAUGCGGCAGACGGAUGCAGAUGCCAAGGGGAUGAUGGGCCGGCUUUACGAUGUAAUGCUGCAGCUUUCGGAGGAUGUCAACAACCUCUUGAACGAGGAUGAGCAGCAGCUGAGUAGCACGGAUAAGGUGCAGAUCUGUCGCAUAAUCAAGAACCGUUGGGAUAACAACCUCGCCUGCGCCAUGCACGUUGCUGGCCGAAUCCUCAACCCCGCCAACCAGGAGGAGGACAUCUUCGGCAGUGACGCCGAAUGCACCCGGGAUUCCAAGGCAUUUAUCAACCAGCAUGUGGAGUUCCUCAUCGGCCACGACGGGAAGGGGAGGGAGGAGGGUCUUGAUUACUUGCUUGCUUUGGGUGACGGGCUGAGGGCUUUCUUGGACCUGAAAGGAAGUUUCGGGAUGCCGGAGGCGCUUGCACAAAGGGAGAAGGUGAAGGCGGGUAAAUACAGCAUGGUGAAGUGGUGGCAGUGGAACGGCACAGAUGCACCUCACCUGAUGUCUCUCGCCGUGAGGGUGCUCUCGCAGCCUGUAUCGGCAUCCCCUUGGAUUGGGGACGAGCCUUCUAUCCCCGAGGGGUACAACAGGUUGGAUGAGACGGAGGUGGAGGAGGAGGAAGGCGAGGAUGACGUGCUGGAAGACGAGUAUGCAUAG